AUGACAUGGACCGAAAACACCGAACUUAACGACACCAUGAAGAUUAUCAAGACUGUUAAUGCUGUAUCCAAGAAUCAUCCGAGGCUCAGACUUAGAUAUGCAACAAAGCUUUUGAGAGGACGAUUGAGUGGACUGCCUUCUAAAUUAGAGUUGUAUUCCGGAGCUGAUAGUAGAUCAGACCCUGUGCUCAGAUUUUCAGAUAUGCAACAAAGUACCAUGAAGAGUUUUAGGUAUAAUGGCUAG